GGUGUUCACCGCCACCAUCGUGACGAAGGUGGCGGCGGUGCAGUCCGCAGUCUCGUUCGGCGGGCGUUCGUCGUCGGUUGAAGUUGGUGUGCGCGCGAGUGCAAAGGUGAAACAGUGAAGAUCAGCAAGAAGAGUACGCGCCUCGGAGCAGAAAGUUAUUCUUCAGCGCCAACUGCGAGCGAAAGUGGAGAGAACGCGGAGGCUCCAACGCCAGGAUGCCAAGUGCGUAAGAGAGACGAGUGGCAGAAGGAGCCGAAAAGGAUUAGGUGCCGGAAAAUGCGGCCGCGACACAUCGUAGCAGUCUUCACCACCCUAUUGGUCGUCAUCCAGGGGGCACCCCAGGACCUCAGACGUCGAAGGUACGAGGAGCAUCCUCGCGAAGCCUACUUCAAUGGCUCGGCGUUCCUCAAGCUGAGCUCAACGGUGUCCGUGCAUCGCCACAGCGGUCUCAGUUUCCGCACGUGCGAUCCCGGCCGACUGUUCCUGCAGAAAUACAAUGACGAUUCGAUCAGCCUCGAGGUCACGCCCGAGGGACUGCUCUUCGUGGCCGUGGUGGAUCAACAGCGGUACCGGGCCAGGCUGAACGCUAGGCUGCUCAACAACGCCUGGCACAGCGUCAACUUGUUUUUCAGGCUCGGCAAUCUCACCCUGAACGCCGCAGGGCACACCCAGGUAGUUGCAAAUGCGACUUAUAAUUCCGCUAUCCUGACGCUUCCUGAUUACGAUGUGAACAACUCGCUCAUAGUCGGCGAAGGGUUCAGAGGAUGCAUUCUACAAGGGCCCGGAAUUCUUUUCAACAACAGCAACAACAACGGAGCCGUUUUCGGGCCCUGUCCGUCGGAUAAAGCAUGUGGAUCGAGCGGCCUGGCGGGUGGCGUAGGAUCAGCCACAGUUCCCACCGUGGAUAACUGCCACCACGAACCGUGCUUGAUGCACGGCAAAUGCGUGUCGAGGCAGGACCGCUACGAGUGCCACUGUUACGCCCGGUACUCCGGCAACAACUGCGAGAUCGACGACGGUCCGCCCUGCCUGAAAGGACCGUGCCGCAACGGCGGCACCUGCAUCGAAGACGCGCGCGGCGACUUCAAGUGCGUUUGCAAAGCCGGCUUCACCGGGCACUUCUGCGACUCGCAGCUGGGAGUGCGACUGUGCGAGCAGAGCCCGUGCAGAAACGACGGUGUCUGCAUAGCGCUGACGGACAACGAGUACGAGUGCGAGUGUCAGCCCGGUUGGACCGGAAAGAAUUGCGAGACCAACGUCAACGAGUGCGCCUCGAUCCCGUGCAAGAACGGCGGCAUCUGCAUCGACGGCGUCAAUAAUUACACCUGCAGAUGCGACAGGACCGGCUACGAGGGUGCGAAUUGCGAGGUGGACAUCGACGAGUGCCAGGCGAAUCCGUGCCUGAACAACGGCGUGUGCUACGAUUAUUACGGCGCGUACAUCUGCCACUGUCCGACGGGCUUCGAGGGCCAGAAUUGCGAGCUGAAUCUGAACGAGUGUCUGUCGAGUCCCUGCGCGAACGGCGGCGAGUGCAUCGACGACGUCGGCUCGUAUCGCUGCGAUUGUCCGUCGGGCUUCACCGGUCGCCACUGCGAGCUGCGGAGCCUCUGCGAGAAGGCGGCCUGCCCGCCCAACAGUAUCUGCAUGGAGGACGCUCACGGACCCCAGUGCGUCUGCAAGCCCGGCUUCAUGGGCAAUCCGCCCAACUGCACCGUCAACUACUGCGCCAGCAACCCCUGCGCCAACGGCGGCACCUGCGCCAGCGGCCGGGAUGGCUUCAACUGCACCUGCCCGCCCGAAUGGAGAGGGGCCACGUGUUCGUCUCCGGCCUCGGACUGGUGUAGCGUGUGUUACAAUGGCGGCACCUGCUCGGAGACCAUCUACGGCGCGUGUCAGUGCACUAGAUUCUGGACCGGGCCGCACUGCGAGGUGCCGGUCACCUGCGAAAAUCUCCCCUGCAAGCAGGAGUCCGUGUGUCACGAUUAUUCUGGUGGCUAUUAUUGCACCUGCGAGCCAGGAUGGACGGGACCGGAGUGCUCUAUCGACAUAGACGAGUGCGUCAGCGAUCCCUGCCGUAACGGCGGUAUCUGCACCGAUCAGCUCAAUAACUAUUACUGCGAGUGCCUGCCAGGAUAUACCGGAAAGAACUGUCAAAUCAACGUGGACGAAUGUCUGUCGCAACCGUGCCAGAACGGCGGUGCCUGCAUCGAUCGCGUGAAUGGAUACAUCUGCAAUUGCACGAGGGACUUUAUGGGCGACAAUUGCGAGCGGGAAUACGACGCGUGUGCUGUCAACCCUUGUAAAAACAACGGCACCUGCACGCCGAUGCUGAGAUCGAGGCGGGACUUCGUUUGCGAGUGUCCGCACGGCUUCGAGGGCAAGGUAUGCGACGUGAAUAUCGACGACUGCGUAGGCGCGAUGUGCCCGGACGACAAAAUCUGCGUCGACGGGAUCGCCGGUUACGAGUGCAAGUGCCGCGAGGGUUACAGGGAUCCCAAUUGCACGCUAAUCGUGGACCAUUGCACCGGAAACCCGUGCAACAACGGCACGUGCAUCGAGCUCGACGAGCGUGGCUUCGAGUGCAAGUGCACGGACGGCUUUCAAGGCCAGUAUUGCAGCCUCGACGUGAACGAGUGCGAGGUGUACGGCGUUGCCCAGCUGUGCAAGAACGGCAUCUGCAUCAACACCGUGGGUAGCUACAAUUGCUUCUGCAGGCCGGGCUUCUCCGGCGAUCACUGCGACAUCGACAUCAACGAGUGCCUGUGCGGCCCGUGCAAGAACAACGGCACGUGCAUCGACGGCAUCAACGCGUUCGAGUGUAAAUGCCCGCCCGGCUACACCGGCAGAACCUGCGAGCUCGACGUGAACGAGUGCGACAGCAGCCCGUGUCUGAACGGAGCGCAGUGCGUGAACGACAUAGCGUCGUACACGUGCAUGUGCCUACCGGGCUUUUCCGGUGCGAAUUGUGAGAUCGACAUCGACGAGUGCGAGUCGAUGCCUUGCCUGAACACGGGACGAUGCAACGACGGUGUGAACAGUUACGCUUGCGACUGUAGCGACACCGGUUUCGAGGGCCUGCAUUGCGAGAAGAAUAUCGACGAGUGCCUGUCGCAGCCGUGCGUGAACGGCGGAAUCUGCAAAGACGACAUCAAGAACUACAAGUGUCAGUGCUACGUCGGCUACGCCGGUAAGAAUUGCGAAAUAGACGUGAAUGAGUGUGAAAGCUCACCUUGCCAGUACAACGGCACCUGUUUGGAGCGGUCAAACAGGGACCUCUACAAGAGCGAGGCGUUGAAUUUACCAGCGAUCUUCACUCAGGAGUUUAGUUAUGCCAACGCCAGUGGGUAUGAGUGCCUCUGCGUGCAAGGUGUCACUGGCAAGAACUGCGAGGUGAACAUCAACGAAUGCGACAGCAACCCUUGCGGUCCGGGCAGUUGCAUGGAUCGUAUCGGCGGCUACACCUGCGAGUGCGACGAGGGCUACGAGGGCGAUCAUUGCCAGCAUGAAAUUGACGAAUGCAAGAGGUACAACCCCUGCAAGCACGGGGUGUGCACCGACCUUAGGGCCGACUACUUUUGCACCUGCGAGCCGGAAUACGGUGGCAAGAAUUGCUCGGUGAAGCUGUUGGGCUGUCAGGGCAACGCCUGUUUGAAUGGUGGCACUUGCUGGCCUUAUUUAGUUGACGAAACCAUCCACAGGUUCAACUGCACCUGCCCCAAUGGUUACCAUGGCGAAGUUUGCGAUUAUGUGACGACAAUGUCUCUGAGCGGCAAAUCGUACGCUCUGGUGAACACUACGCGCGACGAGGGCUACGACAUUCAGUUUCGCUUCAGAACUACUUUGCCAAACGGUCUCCUGGCGAUCGGCAAGGGCGUGACCAUUUAUAUUCUUCAGCUGGUCAACGGCAAACUCAACAUACACUCGAGCAUACUCAACAAAUGGGACGGAGUUUUCGUCGGUAGCGGACUCAACGAUUCCACGUGGCAAAAGGCUUUUGUGGCGAUCAACGCAACUCAUCUUGUUCUCUCAGCCAACGAAGAGCAGACUAUCUAUCCUAUCAGUCCCAACGAAGGCUCCAAUUCGUCGAAUCAUACGUCUUUUCCUACGACUUACGUGGGCGGCAGCUAUAGCAGCUCUUUAAACUUCCUGAAAAGGUUAUCUCGUUUACCCACUUUCACCUUCUUCAUUGGCUGCAUGGAAGAUGUCAUUAUUAACGGCGAAUGGGUUUAUUCUGGCACUACGUCGAAGACCGUAUAUAUGGAGGACGUAGAAUCAGGCUGUCCCCGCGAGGCUCAAUGCUCACCAAAUCCCUGCGAGAACGGCGGUCACUGCACCGACAAUUGGCGCGAAUUCAAAUGCAAGUGCGAGCGUCCUUAUCUCGGUCGCACUUGUCAGUACAACAUGACCGCUGCCACCUUCGGCUACGAGAACAUCACGAACGGCUAUGUGACUGUGAAGGUUAGCGACACGGCUAAACGGACUGUCAGUUCAGUCGUUGAUAUCUCCAUGUUCAUCCGCACGCGGGAGAGCCACGGUGACAUAUUUUACCUGGGCACGGAUCCGCAGGACGAUCUGAAGCCUCAGGACAGGACUUACAUAGGAGCGCAGCUGAAGGACGGAAACUUGCGCGUGAGUUUCCAGUUUGGCAACGUCACGGACGGCUACACGGUCGACGGCGCAAAGCUCAACGACGGAAACAGCCAUCUCAUUCAAGUGACAAGAAACGUUACUCUCCUCGAAGUGAAGAUCAACGGCACCGAGCACUUUCGCAAGACGAUCAGCGCCACGGGAGACUUGAACGUAACCGUUCUCUACCUGGGCGGACUACCGCAAGUGUCUAGAUACAUUCGCCAGGCUGUCGAUAGCAGGCAGUUGGAGAAGGAACAGGCGCCGCAAAUUAACUUCAAAGGCAUCAUCCAGGAUGUGAAGAUAUCGAACGGCACGACAGUAAUGGUCGUGGAGUUUUUUCCGCUGAAGACGUCGGACAUUCCCAUGCUCAUUCAGUUCGGCAACGUCUCCUUUGACCACGAGAAGAUUCUUGAGGGCGUCGUGUCGGAUGACGUGUGCGUAAGUAGCCCGUGCAACCACAACGGCACGUGUCACGUAACGUGGAACGACUUCUGGUGUCAAUGUCCGCGCGGCUACACCGGCAAGACUUGUCAGGAAAUGGAGUUCUGCCAGCUGCAGGACUGCCCGGCAGGCUCGCGCUGCCAGAACCUCGACGACGGUUACGAGUGCAUCGCCAACGCGACUUUCGACGGUAUUUCCACCGUUUUCACCUACGUGUACGGUCACACCGAGGACGUCAUGAGCAUCAGCAACUCGACUCUCGACGUUAUCGAGAUCACGUACAGAUCCAACACCGGCGGUACGCUGCUUCACAUGGUGUCGCACGUGGGCGAUCAACAUUUCACUGUGUCCGUCUUCAAGGACAAUAUCACCGUUUCCUGGCGGCUCGACUUGGAAAACCAGGGCACUGUAUCCUUUGGCAAAGCCCAGGCCGACGGCAAUUGGACGUCGCUACUCAUCAAGCUGAACAACAACUCUCUGGAGUGCGGCUACGUGAAUCCGGUCGAAGAGCAGCCUCGCUCGAGCGCCAACUUCAACUACCAACUGUGGCACGAUCUCCUGGUAACAGGAAUAGUCACUCUCGGUGGACUUUCCAGUGCUUUGUCCGACAAGCACACUUACGUCACUGUCGGGUCGAAACACGAUAGGAGAGACGGAAUCGAGGGGAACAGCGUGGAUUACGGUGAACAUAGACUGACAACCGCCAUCCCACCGCAUAGUAUGAUAUCCGGUGAACCAUUCAAAGGCUGUCUAGGCGAGGUGCGCAUCGGUAGCAUACUGCUACAUUACUUUACGAAUGAAGAAGUGUAUCAAAAUGCGAACUUUACGCCGUUGGAGUUUCUGACGUUGCAGAGCAACGACAAUGCCACUCACCUCGACAGUAUCGGCUGUCUGUUGUGUUUCGAUACGGACUGCAAAAACGAUGGCUACUGCUUUGAUAAAGCAAACAGCUACAUAUGCGAAUGCCCAGCCGGCUAUGCCGAAGAUGACUGCUCCUUUAACAUCGACGAGUGCAUCGACAACAAGUGUCGAAACGGAGCGACAUGCGUCGACGGUAUCGCGAAUUACACCUGCAUCUGCGACAGCGGCUGGCAGGGAUGGCUAUGUGACAACGAUAUCAACGAGUGCGUAACGCUGAAUCCCUGCAAACACGACGGCGUGUGCGUGAAUGUGCCGGGCUCAUUUCGCUGCGAGUGCCCGGACCAGUUUACUGGUGAUUUGUGCGAAAAAUUCCGACUGAUCACAUGUGAGAACAACCCAUGCAUGCGCGGCGCGACCUGCCUCGACUCGCCGAACCCGAAGACAGGCGAUAACUUCACCUGCAACUGCCGACCCGGUUACGACGAUCCAGUUUGUAACUCGCCUUAUUGUACUCUACCUGGUCAGAGAUGCCAGAACGGAAGAUGCGAGUUUUUAGAAACGAAUUAUGAAUAUCAACCGAGAUGCACUUGCGCUCCUGGUUACACCGGUCUGUACUGCGAGACGGACAUUGAUGAAUGCGCGCCGGAUCUCAAGGGCGAAGUACCUUGCAAGAACGGCGGCAAGUGUUUCAACGCGGUGAACAACUUCACAUGCGACUGCCAGAACACCGGAUACACCGGUGGCAAUUGCACCGAGGACAUAGACGAAUGCGAAAAUUCGGAGACAAAUUGUGGACACGGCAGGUGUCAAAAUCUGCCUGGUAGUUACGAGUGCGUUUGCGAUUUUGGCUAUUGCGGCUACAAUUGCACCAUGUUGGAUCCUUGCCAGGAGAAUUAUUGUCAGAACGGUGGCACCUGCAGGUGUGCCAAAGGUGGCGGAUACGAAUGUGAACGCACUUCUGAUUACACGGGACUAAAUUGUACUGAGCGGGAGCACUUAUUUAGUAGCCAAGCCAUCGACAUAGCAGUGAUCGUAGGUCCAAUUGUGGGCUGUUUUUUCCUCAUCAUCAUUAGCUUUCUUAUAGCGCUCUUCAUGAUGGCAAGAAAGAAACGCGCUACACGCGGCACGUAUAGUCCGAGUGCUCAGGAAUUCAGUAAUCCGCGAGUGGAAAUGGAUAAUGUGAUGAAACCUCCUCCGGAGGAAAGAUUGAUCUAAUCGAUUGGUGAUUGAUGGAUUUGGUUUGUCGUUGCAAAAAUGAAAUGUUUCCAUAUAUCGAGAGAAAUUUGCACAACUUGGAGUCCCGAAACUCGAAUCGUCAUUGCAAAGUAUGUCGACUGAAAAACUGCAGUUUGUUUAAUGAAGAGCCAAGUCGACGACAAUGAAGCGAUUAUUCAUUUUGCGUCUUCUAGUCCUCGCUGUUUUGCCGUUACGAAAGAAUAGAUGAAUUAGAAGGAGUUUACUUUAAACGAAUUAAAUUUCCAACUCUUCUAAGAGAGAUGUAAUCGAAAAUUUUUGUAAAAUCCUUUUAAUUCGUCAAUUGCCUGCAAGAUUAUUGUAUAAGAAAAAAUUUUAAGAUUAGCACUGAAUUGAAUAAUACAACUUUUUUUUGGCAACGGUACAUUUCUCGAUGGCAUGACAUUUGCCGAUGAAUGACAAUUAAGAUUUGAUAACGGACGCUAGGCGUCAUGUUUGAACGAAAUAAAGUCAACAUGUUGUUUCGAGAGUGAAUGAUGUACACAGUAUCUUGGCAAAAGAUACGUUACAGAAAGAUAUUUCCUGAGUAACUGACGUUGUGAAAAAGGGGAAAUUUAAUAUCUUGAAUGAAGAAUUCGAGGGACCAAUGAUGAUAUCUUGAGAAUUCGUGAAUUUAGGAAGGAAUCUUUAGGGAAGAUAAAUUUUGAAAGCUGAAAGAUUGAAGACUUUAAAUAUCAAAAUUUUGAAAUCGACAGAUUCGGGGGAGAAACAAUUCGAGGAUUCAAUGAUAUUUGAAUAAAAGUUUCAUAGAGUAAUAACGAAGAGGAGGACGAUCUACAUCUCUCUGGGACGGAUAGCAUAUAUAUACAUAAAUAACACGCGUAUAAAGUAGAUCAUGUAGAUUGUAACAAAGUGUACUUAAAGUUCUCAGAAGUGUCCUUAAGACGUCAAGCAAUACUCGAAGGAGGCAAUUCCGAACAAACAAACCCGUCCAUUUUAGUGCCUAAUCUUUCUCUCUCUCUUUUUCUCUUAUUUCUUUCUCUCCUCUUUCUUUCAUACCAUUGUUCUCUUUUUCUUGUUUUAUUUACUUAAAAAGAUAUUAUUUAUAAGGCGCGAUGCAUGUAAUAUCGAAGAUAGACGGCAUUCCAGAAAGGCGUGCGGAAAACAAAUACAAGAUCUCCGAUAAUAUUGCAUAAUGUUUUUACACUUUCAAAUGAUGGGCGAAUUAAAGAACACUCAUGAGAAAUUUUUCUGCAGAUUCAAACUCUUAAUUCUUAAAAUUUCCAGAAGUUUACUAUAAAACUGCAUUAUUUUACCUUUUAUUUUUUCAUU